AACACAAACACAACGAGGGAGACGAGUGCGUGUGUGUGUGUGUGUGCGUACGUGCCUCUGCGCGCCCAGGAUCAGAAAGAGAGAGAGAGUGAGCAGCAGCAGCAGCGGUCACAGAGCUGCACUCCCUCCCUGAAGUUUGUCAUCUCCAGCGGGCUGCACACGGAGUUGCGCUCCGCCGCGGACAUGGAGCCUCGAAAGUGUACAGGAUGUGUAUUGAUUGGAGUUUACCUGUGGGCGACGCUCUGCUGUCAAGGUUGUCAUGGGGGUGUGUACCAGAGGAAGCUGUACCAUGACCUGAUGGUCAACUACAAUCGGCUGGAGAGACCGGUCCAGAACGACUCAGCACCAAUCGUGGUGGACCUCGGCCUCACAUUGCUACAGAUCAUUGAUGUGGAUGAAAAGAACCAAGUGAUGAUCACAAAUGCCUGGCUGCAGCUGACCUGGACAGAUGUUUACCUUUCAUGGAAUCCAGAGAACUACCCCGGGGUUCAGAACCUUCGCUUUCCUUCUCACCAGAUCUGGGUCCCAGACAUUCUCCUCUAUAACAGUGCAGAUGAGAGGUUUGAUGCUACCUUCCACACUAAUGUGCUGGUCAAUGCCUCAGGAGCCUGCCAGUACAUCCCACCAGGCAUCUUGAAGAGCACCUGCUACAUAGAUGUCCGGUGGUUCCCGUUUGACGUGCAGAAGUGUGACCUGAAGUUUGGCUCCUGGACUCACAAUGGCUGGCUGCUGGACCUCCAGAUGGUGGAUGUAGACAUCUCUACCUACAUACCCAAUGGAGAGUGGGACCUCGUAGGUGUGCCAGCUAAGCGUAAUGAGCUGUACUAUGACUGCUGUAAAGAACCCUACCCCGAUGUGACGUUCACGGUCACCAUGCGCCGCAGGACACUCUACUACGGCCUCAACCUGCUCAUCCCCUGCGUGCUCAUUUCUGGUCUGGCCCUGCUGGUCUUCCUGCUCCCUGCUGACUCCGGAGAGAAGAUUUCACUGGGCAUCACGGUGCUGCUGUCUCUAACCGUGUUCAUGUUACUGGUGGCAGAGAUCAUGCCUGCCACUUCUGACUCCGUUCCUCUGAUUGCUCAGUACUUUGCGAGCACCAUGAUGAUCGUGGGCCUGUCCGUGGUGGUGACCGUGCUUGUACUGCAGUUCCACCACCAUGACCCCCACGGAGGCAAGAUGCCUAAAUGGGUUCGAGUCAUUCUCCUCAACUGGUGUGCUUGGUUCCUCCGCAUGAAGAAGCCUGGAGAGGGAAGGAAAACCGCAGUGAGCUCCACCGGCCCCUCAAACUUCAAGUACUCCCACCCUCCUCCUCCUCACCACACCAGCACCAGCAGCAUCCAGAUGAGCACCAUACCAGGCCAGGCAUCCACCCAGUCGACCACAACCAACGGGAACAUGAACCUGUACUUUGGCUAUCACUCAAUGGGCACGGAAAACCCGGCUUUCCCACCGGGCACCGAUUCCGCUGUGGUGGCGUGCGGCGGUGGCGGUCACCCGAACGGCUCGUCCCCACACGACAUCCACUCAGAGCAGAUGCGAACUGUUCUGCUGGAGCAGGUGCCGGAAAUUUCCCAGAUCCUGGAGGAAGUGCAGUACAUCACCAGGCGCUUCAGGGCGCAGGAUGAGGGAGAGGCCAUCUGCAGCGAGUGGAAGUUUGCGGCGGCGGUGGUGGAUAGGUUAUGCCUGGUGGCCUUCUCGCUCUUCUCCAUCAUCUGCACCUUCACCAUUCUAAUGGCAGCACCCAACUUCAUCGAGGCUGUGUCCAAAGACUUCACAUAAGGCCGAUGUCGCCCCUCUCUGAAGAAAACAAAGGAGGCAAAGCUAACAUUAAAAAUCCUUUAGCGAUUAGAACUGAGCCACAAGAGCCUCCCUGUGUCCGCAAUGUGAAGUAACACAAGAUCCAGAUGUUUUAGCUGUUCUUACACGUCACAGUUCUUCAGACCCAAUCUUUUCCUCUUUUAUUUCUUAACACAUAUUUGUCUCUAAUAUCUUGGUGUAUUGGGGUGAUGUUUUUUUUUUUUUUUUAAGGUGGUUCUCUCAUAAUAUGCUACGUAGGAGGUUGAGGCUAUAUGCAAUAGUUAAUUAUGUAGAAACACAUACUAAUGCACUUUUCAUCUGUGUCUCCACUGCACCACAUUGUUUACCACCCACCAGUUGAGCUCAUGUCUCAUCACAACACACUGCUCACACUCAAUCCGCUCCAGCUCUCUUUUUCUGCUUCUUCUUCCAUUUCCUUUCUCCACCGCAGUGCAGCCGAUAGUCGACAGUCCCCCUCAGGCCUCUAUUCUAGUAAUGCAAUUCUUUUGUAUUUUGUAAAUAAAUCUACAUCUUACUUCCAAUGUGGUGGUGAGAAGAUAUCCUUUCUUCUAUGUUUGUGAACUUUCUCACCUCUUUUUUACCCUUUCACUCACCCUUGUUUCCUCACUCAUACUAUUUUCCCAUCAGUUUUCUCAUUUCCUUGAUCCAGGACCUGUGCAGAUGUGAGGUUUAACCAAGACACACUUAACUGUGACAUUAAAGACAUUUACAGCUU